AUUAAAUUUGUUUUGCAGCUUUGUGGCAGCGGUAGGACACGGUAUCGAGUUCUUGGCUUUGUUUUUACUACCUUGCUUCAAUGUCACAACCUGUCCUUUAAUUUUUCGUGAAGUUUUUACUCAACGAGGAUCUAUAUAGGACGAAGCACCGAUUUUAUUAAAGAUGGCUCUUCUUCCUGAAAAUGUUACUCCGGACUUACGAGGAAGUACUCUUGCACCAAGAGAGCCUUACCACGUACCAGGAUACGCGGGAUACCGGCCUCAGUUCAAAUACCAAUGCAGCGAAACUUUCGGGAAUUCAACACACCGUCUACUGACUUCGCCACACGUGAGGAAAUCAAGCAACACCGUUCUUGUACCAAUUGACCCUCCUUUGUCAAGAGCCAGUUUACCUACGGGUUGCCAUGAUGUACCAAAGUUGGAUAACAUGGAAACAGAACUUGGCCAUUUAUUAGAAAGAAGACGAGGGAAGACAAGUGAUCAGUUGUUUAAAAAGGAUAUGCGGUCAGGGUAUAUGGGUUUCGUACCAAAAGCCCAUUUCUCCACUUACUACGCUAAAACUUACCCCGAGACUUGUAAUGCUGCUCUGUUUGAUUUCUCCAACGAUCAAGAAGCGCACAAACGUAAAAGUAGCGAGUUGUCAUGGGCAAUGCACUUGCAACAGACUGAUCAACGCAACCAACAAGAACGACAGUUGGUUAACACUAUGCAUCGAUUACCCUUGAAGCAAAUUCGUUCAUUUCAAUACAUUAACCCAAGUAAGAAACAAAAUACUGGAAAACCUUAUUUCUUGGAAGAUGGUCACCCUGAAAAGAAUUUCAAAUCAGGUUUCGCCGGUCAUGUACCUUUUUACAAAGACCUUGGCGGGCAAGGCUUUCCUGAAGUUACAACACGAGCUUUGAAAGAGUUCUCCCGGGAGAGGUCGCGCUACAAAGACUUGAUGCAGCGAAACAUUACUACUCAAAGUCUAACACGGCCGAGCUCGAUUAAAAGAAACGCAGUUUCAGCUCCCCCGUCAUGUAACGAGCAGAUAUUUCUCAUUGAUUCUGGAUUAAUACCAAGAUAUGCAGGAUACGUACCAGGUCAGAAAUUCCGGUUCGGUCAUACGUUUGGUGACUCCACGGAAAACCCAUUAAAACUCACUGCAACCGCUUAGGACACAGCUAGAUACUUGCUCCCGUGUAUUUUUAGCUCAGUACUAAUUAAUAGUCCAAAAGUAGUUUUUUAUCUAGUUGUGUAUGAUUAAUUUGGCAGUUUACUUUAUUUCUACAUUGUGUCAUAUAGCAUAAAGACAAAUUAAGCUCAAAUUAGGAACUUACAGUGCUAUUGUAGUUUCGAACUUUUGUUUUUUAGAACAAAAUAUUAUUUUUUAAUAAACCAAAAAAAUACUUUUU